AUGACUGCGCUCAUCAAGACUGCCAUGAUACGCAUCGCCUCUUCGGAGGAGCGGUGCAACCCGACGGCAGGCUGGGUCGCGGAGAUCACCGAGCCCGACGGCCACCAUUUCGCCACCACGGACAAGCAGGACUCCAAGUUCAUGAAGUACGCCAGCCACAAGCUCGACAUGCUGACCAUCUUGACCACAGAGCGCAGCAGUGCAGUGGACGCUCUCAUGGACGAGGCCGUCAAGGCCGAGCGAGCGGUUGCGACUGGCCCAGCAGCAGUGCCCAAGAGGUCUCGCAGGGAGGCCUUCGGCAACAUUCCGAGCGCCACCCAGGUCAAGGUCACAGUGCGCGGUGUGGAGCACAAGGUCAGAGUCGCCACGUCCGCGACCCAUCGCGCGAAGUUGGCGAUCGAGCUCACCAGCGCGGCCCUAUCGCUCCUGCUGGAGGAGCCUGACGUCGCGGCGGUGCCCGAUCCCGACCCCGAGAUCGGCAUCGAGCACGCGGAGUGGGACCGCUGCAAGAGAUCGGUGAAGACGCGCUACUACGAUGUCGCGAAGCAGACGUGGCGCGCGAAGUCGAUGGCUGUGCAGGCUGGCCCCAACAUGGCGGAGAGGGCAGUGAGCAUGGCCAAGGUGCUGGCCGCUUUCAGGGAGCAGCACCACACGGGGCCCGGGGAGUGA